CUGAAAACCAGAGGAGUGAUUCUCCAUGACCAGCAGGAUCCUGAAGACAGCCAGCCGCCAGCCUGGACUGCCAACUCUGAACACACAGCUCCGUCUCACCCAGCCCGCGAGAAUUUGAGCUGGAGGGCCAGUAUCCCCCGGUAAGUGGAAAUCCUGCCACUUCAAGAUAUGGAAUCAUCUGUCUCAUUUGGAGUGAUCCUUGCUGUCCUGGCCUCCCUCAUUAUUGCUACUAAUGCCCUUGUGGCCAUGGCGGUACUGCCGUUGAUCUUCAAGAAUGAUAGCGUCAGUCUCUGUUUCACCUUGAAUCUGGCUGUGGCUGAUGCCUUGCUUGGCCUGGCCAUCUCUGGCCUAGUCACAGACCAGCUCUCCAGCCCGGCUCGGCCCACGGAGAAGACGCUGUGCAGCCUUCGGAUGGCAUUUGUCACUUCUUCUGCAGCCGCCUCUGUCCUCACGGUCAUGCUGAUUGCCUUUGACAGGUACCUUGCCAUCAAGUGGCCCCUCCGCUAUUUCCAGAUCAUGAAUGGGUUCGUGGUCGGGACCUGCCUUGCCGGGCUGUGGUUGGUGUCUAACCUCAUUGGUUUCCUUCCCCUCGGGAUCCACGGAUUCCAGCAGACCACCUACAGGGGGUCCUGCAGCUUCUUCGCUGUGUUUCACCCGCGCUUCGUGCUGACCCUCUCCUGCGUCGGCUUCUUUCCAGCCCUGUUGCUCUUUGUCUUUUUCUACUGUGACAUACUCAAGAUCGCCUCCAUGCACAGCCAGCAGAUCCGCAACACGGAGCAUGCGGGAGCCCUGGCCGGGGCUCACCGGCCCCCACGGACCCCCAGUGACUUAAAGGCUGUGCGCACAGUGGCCAUUCUCAUUGGUAGCUUCACGCUGUCCUGGUCCCCAUUCCUUAUCACGGGCAUUGUGCAGGUGGCCUGCCAGGAGUGCCGCCUCUACCUGGUGCUGGAGCAGUACCUGUGGCUGCUCGGCGUGGGCAACUCCCUGCUGAACCCACUCAUCUAUGCCUGUUGGCAGAAGGAGGUGCAGCAACAGUUCUCCAAGAUGGCCCUGGCUAUGAAGAAGGGGCUCGCCGCAUGCCUUCUUCUCUUGGCCAGGGAUGGGGACCCAGAGGGGCACAGGGAAAGUGUGCGUUACAUCACCACCAUGUCCCACUUAGAGCCUGAAGGCUAAGAUGGUAAAGGCAGACCAGUUUCAAAGUGCCUCUCCCUCGCUUCGCAGAGCCCCAGCUAGGAGAUCAGAUGGAGCUAUGGGGGGAAAGAGAGCACUUGCUUCUGGCAACCGACCACCCCCUGUACCCCUGCACCCCCUCACCCUCUAUAAUCAGCUUCCCCACUUGCAAAUCUCCAUUCCUCCCUGCCCUUCUUUGGCAAUGAAUCUGUUUCUCCUAUACAGGUAUACUUACUUAAAGCAACAAGUGUACUACUGGAAAGGCUUAAGCUCAAAUCUUAUUUUUGAACACACGAAAACAGCAUUGUCUAAUAGAAAUCUAUUGCAAGCCACCUAUGUAAUUUUAAAUGUUCUUGUAGUCGUGUUAAAAAGGUAAAACUAGAAACAGACAAAAUUAAUGUCAAUGUUUCAUUUAUCUCAAUAUACCUCCAACUUUAUUAUUUCAACCUGUAAUCAAUAUAAAAUAUUAUACUCUUUUUCAUGCUAAAUCUUUGAAGUCUGCUGUGUAUCUUACCUUUAUGGAACAUCUCAAUUCAAACUAGCCAUGUUCCAAAUGCUGAAGAGCUACACAUGGACAGAGGCUAUCAGAUUAGACAGCACAGUACUAGAAAAAUGAGGUUCUGUUCUUUGUAACUGUUUACUAUAGUGAUUGCUUUGAUAAAACGAGGAGUCCUGCCCUCCCUGAUGUAAUCAGACAUUUUAUGUAGUGAGGUUGUAUAAAUGUAGGAACCGGAAAUAGAUACUAAAGCUGGUCUUUAGUAUGGUGUUCAAGAGUGUUUCUUUGACAAAUAGCCAGUCUUGUGAUUCUUUCUGCUGCUAACCCCCUACCCACUCAGCCCACCACCUUCUUAACUCUGUGGUGCCCCUUUCCCUCUUAUGUCACUUGUAGCUUCUUGCUGGUGACAAUGCUGAACCACAGAUUCCAAGACACUUAAAGGAAAGAAAGGGGCAGGUACCAAAACACGGCACUGCCAAGCUCUCCACACUGGGCCCACUUUGCUCCUCAAAGCUCAACCUUCUGCCAUUUACUCCCAAAUCUGCAUUUCCCUAAGAAAUUCAGUUGCAUAAGAGGAUGCCUCCAAAAUGGCCCAGGAGACCAGCCUCAUCCUGCUCUCUUGUGGGUACAGAAAAUGACAGUUGGCAACUGGGAAUUAUGCUCAGGCUCCCUCUGGGCAACCCUGGCAGCAGAAACUAUAAGAGCAUAGUGGGGAAGAAAUCUAGGAGCCAUGUUCAGCCUACUUGAGUUUCCUAUAACCCUUACUCCAACCUCCUAGUCUCCACAAUACAUUCCUCGGAAGUUUGUCUCCUAAGGCCCUAGCUUAUUUCCCUAGAAAGCUGCCAAGUGGACAACAAAAAUGGGAAAGGAAGAAGCCAAAACAGUACAGAUUGAUUUGUCUGGGACCUGGUGCCAAACAACCUUGGAAGGUUAACCCCUCAAUAUCUCUACAAAUGAUGACUUGGGGAUACACCGGAGCCUAAUGUGUAAUGCCUAACUCUAAGAGGCCUCUGACAAUUUUCAUUCCAAUCUCAAACUAUGAUGCUCAGAACCUGGAUGGAAUUGGCCUCUCAGAAGGAUGCUUUGCACUUGGGUUUUCAUUCCCCUUCAGUCUUAGAUUAACCCCCAGCUUGCUCUCCUCAGUUGUUCUGAAGUUAACGGUCAUCCCUUUUCAUGUCCAUGCUCUUGAAAGUUCCCUUCUCCCUUUCUUCUCUUACCUUCAGACCAAAUGGCAUAUUUUUCUCUGAUCUCUUCUAAUACACAUUAAGCCUCCUCUGGUAGAUCAUUUUGCAAGUUGUUCUGCUUGCUACUCUGACCUAGAGCAGCACCGUGCUUGCCUUUGCCAUAGUAACCUUUAUGUUCCUACAACUGAAAAACUUUCUGGCUCUCGAGUGGAUGAUGGAGUCCAAUAUGCCUUGAAAGGCUAAGCACCCAGCAAGUACCAGUUAUGCCAGCUUGGACUGGGUUAUGAGUUACUGGGAAUGAGGUAAAACACAAAGGGUAACUGGGUUUGAGGACAAAAUUGAAAGCAGGCUCAAAUCAAUGGUCUCCUUAUUAGUGGUUCAACGCUUAAUUUUCUGGCCUUGCUGCAAAGGCUUGAUCUUGCCAAGGUAACACAAGCAAAGUGGAAUGGAAUUUAGUUACAGGAGAAAGGCAGGAGCUGAGCGGAGGCCAGCUGAUUGUUGUGCUAUGAGGUUCAGCCUAAAAAAACCCUGCUAUUCCUGGAAGUCGGUGUGUCCAAUGGGAAAAUCGCAGGUUUUGAAGUCCAAUCGACCAGUAAUCAAAUUAUGAUUCAGUCGUUUAAGUUCUCAAAGCCACAGCUUUCUCAUUUGUAACAUUGGGGGUAAUUAUACCUACUUUAUUUGGUUAUUGGUGAAGAUUAACUCAGACACUGUAUGUAAAAAUGCCUAGUAAACCCAGCACAUUGUUAGUGCUCAGAAAAUGUUCUCUUCCUCUUCCUUAAAAAUCCUGAGGUAUAAAAUAUCCAGCUGAUUGAUUCAAGGGAAUCAGUCACGUUUGCAGGCAUUGUGACCUCUAAGACAAGGACUAUCAGGCUCCAAACCAUGAAUUCCUCAAUCCCUGAAUAAGGGUUUUGAAAAAUGAGUGAUGAGAGGUGACUCAGGCUGGAAAAGACAAACAUCAAUCUAAUAUCUUAGCAGGAUCAAGACAGAGGAGAUAUAAACUGGGCACUGUUAUCAUAUACUUGUGUUUAAGAGUAACCGCAAUCAAGAAGCCUGUGUUUGAUAAGCCACCAAGAGCAGAGAUACAGAAAGCUCUGUACUGCCCUAAUGGCUUUCUUUGAGGCAGGUUCCUGUACAGAUAAGGGAAUGCACUGGCGUGGAAAUAUUUAGAUUUCAUUCACGCAUCCAAUGUUGUCUCCUGAUACACUUGCAGAGAAGCCAGAUCCUGUUCAGCAAUUUGAUCAAAAUAGCCAAAAGAUAUUAAUACCUUGUAGGACAGAAUGUGGAUCAAUUGGGCUCAUCAAUCAUUUCCAUGAACAGCUUACUGUGAAUCUGUUAAAAAAAAAAUACUGUGACAUGGCUAAGUUUUAUGCUAAUUCCUUGGGUAGCUAAUGUUACGCAUAGCACACCUCUGUUUCAGAGGACAACCCUCAAGAACAGAACACACAGCCCUCUGGACACGGGCAUUUUGAGUUGUCUCACAAAUGUUCCCUGAUCCAUCACCACCCCCCUGCUUGUCCACAUGACCAAACAGCCAUCUCUGGGAGCUGGCUAGCCAGACUUGGCCUUGGGAUACUGUCACCCUGUAUGAUGAAGUGUUUGCUGGUUCACAUGGGAAAUGAACUUGUGACUUUGAUUUCAUCUGCACUUGCUCAGUCACUGGCCAAAGUGAACAGAGCCCAGUGAAAACAGCAGGCUCGAGAGAUACUUCAAGGAUGCACAGAACGAGAAGAAAGAUGGUGCUGACAGCUGGGCAACAAGAACAGCAACUGGCCCCACACCUUAGCUGCCAUCAGCCACUCAUUUUGUGAUUCCUUCAGUACCUUCUAUGUCAUCCUUCAAACUGCUGACUGGUCUGAAAUUCUUCUCCUUUUAAUUAAUAAAUCUUCAUUUGUUAUUUCUUGCAAUCAUAUAAAGUCAAUGAUGGUACCUAUAAGUGUCAACUGCCAUUUAUUCAUUCAUCUGUCUACCUACCCCAUGAAUGUUUAUUGAGAGCUAGGUGCUAAA